AUGUUCAAGGUGCCCGACUCGGAUCCGCCAUCGACGCCAAACUCACGUCGCGGCGACGAUGAGCACCCGUCAACAACGCCAGCACAAGCGCCGCCGACCGGAUACACCAAUGCCUCGUUCACUCCAGCUGGGCCCCCACCGCCCAGUGUCUACGGCAGCUCACUGUUUGCCGAAAGCCGGAAUACCUUCCACCCACACUCCAAAGCGCCGAAGCCCUCGUUCGCCCUGCCGAGCAGUCCACCGCGCGACCAUCACAGAGACGACGACGACGACGACAUGGAUGCCGAUGCCGAUGGCGAGAGCGUCGUAGACCACUAUCCCAACAACCAGCUGCCCGCCUUCAACUCUGCCUUUCCCUCGGCCUUCCGCUCGGUCAACAAGCCUACAGCCAUGUCGUCCCCUCGUGGCCUGAAACGUUCCCGUUAUGGAGAUGUCAUGGGUAACUCUUUGCGCCAGUCCACCGGCCUGCGCAUCGACAAGGAUAGACAGACGGCCAUUCCUGGUCUUGCAAAGAAGCUGGCCACCAAGCCCUCCCCCGAGCUGUCAGAGCCCGACGACAUGGUCCUGCGCUCCGAUGCCCUCAUGGCCCAGUUGUACCAGGACAUGCAUCUCGCUCAGAACACAGACUCUCCUGCUCUCCUCGACCGCACAGCACAACAGCUCGCCCAGCUAUGGCAGAAACAUUCACAACUCAAGUCACAAUCCGGCGCCAUCGGCCCAAAGUCUCUGGACAAUCUCGACAAGGCAAACUAUCUGGCUCAACUCGCUCUCCGCCUCCAUCAUCCCGCAUCCGCAUCCGCAUCCGCAUCAUCCAACACCCAUCUUCCCUACCAACGCUCCAACGCCUACUCCAACCUCGUCAUGUCAUCAAACCAUCCCACCUCCAUCCCGCGCGCCCUGCUCGAUUGGCUCAUCACAUACCACAACCCCUUUCCCGAUGAUCUCACCGAUGUUCUGCGCUACCGCCCCACUCCCGUCGCUCACGAUCGCUUCUGGGACAUGGUCUAUGCCUGUACCUUGCGCGGCGACUUGGUCAACGCCAUCAACCUACUAGAAACUGCCGACUGGUCACAAGCUGAAUCUGCCCUAGAAGAUGGUUACGACGAGCCCGGCUAUACCGGUAAUCAUCUGCACGCUGUUCGAGAUGUUGUCGGUCGCUGUGUGGACCUACUCAGCACCUGCCCCGCUCUGUGCGAGAAUGACUGGGAUGUCAAGGGCUACGACUGGGCCAUUUUCCGCCAUCGUGUUCGUCGUGAGUUGCAGGAUCUGCAGCAGUUCGCAGAAGCAGACAGUCGUGAUAAGGACCCUUACUCAGCCGCUCCGUUUGGCAACACGAGCAUGAGCUUUAGCACUGCCAGCCGUCGUGCAGAGAGCAAGGUGCCUUGGCUGAUCUAUGAGAGUCUAAAGACUCUGUAUGGCCAGCUCUUGGGUAAGCGUGACGAGAUCAUGGUUGCUACUCAGGAUUGGCUAGAGGCCGUCAUCUUCCUCACUGCCUGGUGGGACGGCGAAGACGACGAUGUCAUUUCAGACGAUCUCGCUGCCAGUAGACGCUCCAUGCGCCAAUCACAAUCUAUCCGCCAAGUCGAUGUCUCACCUCUCUUUGCCUACAAGAAACAACUGCUCCUGGCCUUUGCCGCCACCACCGACAAACCUGACGAGGAAGAGUUUUAUCUCAACACUCUCAAUCCUGUCCACGUCGGUCUAGGCUGCAUCUGCGAGGAUGAUAUUCAGGGUCUUGUAGGAAUCCUGAAGACGUGGUCGUUGCCCAUUGCCUCCGCUGUGGUCGAAUUGGCCAGUGCUGCCGGCUGGAUGCCAAACUCGGCAAGAAGUAUCAUUGACGCUUUCGAUCAGGACGACCUGAUGGUUUUGAAUCACGGUAUGCCAUCACAACCCGACUUGAUCAAGCGUGAUGAUGUCUUGGUCCAAUUCGCGUCGGUGCUGGCAAAGAAAGACUCCUUCAAGAACGCAACUGGCAAACCGGUACAAGAAGGCUGGGAUCUUGCUUGUCGUGUUCUCGGACGUCUUGAUAGUUUCGAGACUGCCAAGUCGAAAAUAUCGGAAGUUCUGGAUCACAUUUCGCUUGACUCCACAGCGCGGGUAGACAAAGUGCUCGCGGUUCUUAACGAAAUUGGCUUGCCUGAUCAAGUGCGUGAGGUAGCAGAGCGUUACGCCGACGAUUUGGCAGCUUCCAGUCAAGAUUAUGGCAGCGCCUUGGUAUAUUACGCUCGCGCACACGCCUCCCGAAAGCUUCGCAGUACAAUUGACCUGCUUAUCUCCUUAUGUCUGGUACAGAGCGCCGCAUUCCCCCCGCAAGCGAUCAUCGACUCACAGCUGGACGCUCUGCUCAACGAUCAGCACGCUGCACUCCAUCAAAUCGCGCGUCAAGAUGUCGCAGCUGCUCAACUACUCGCAUCACAGCUCAGUGGUUACGCAACGUUACGUCGCUUCUAUGACUUGCGCGACGCGGAUGCCGUGAAGGAUGUAGCAGAAGUCGAUGUCGAAGGUGAUGAGGAAGCUGCGACUCGCAAGCCUGGUACGUUGAGACCACUGGCGAGAAAACGCGAAGCCGCUAGGGCGUUGAUGGCUGUCAUUGAGUCCGCCGCGGAAAGUAUCCGUGGUGGCUUGUAUGAUCCCGACGCUCAAUCAGUGGUACAAGUCGAUGCCCUCAUGGCUUUGUUGUGUGAGGCAUUACCUUUGAUGAAUCAAACAAAGCAAAUCCUGAAGACACCGCAUCUCUUGACACUGAUCCGAGCAAUUGAAGACUUGGAAACGAUAACUCCGGGUAUCUACGCUCAGAACUCUGUGGUCUUCACCGCCGCAAUCAGUAGCCACGUCGCGAAUUUAAGUACACAGCCCAACCAUACUCCGACAUCCUCAACGCCUGAUCUCAGCAAGUCAAUUGCGGGCUUGAAGCAGAGUGUGAGUUGGAACAUGGUUAACAGCAGUGGCAGUAUCGCUUCCGAAAAUAGCGGAAAUAGCGACGCAGGUGGCAACGCGAUGAGAGGCGUACAAAUCAAGAGAGCGUGGGAUUGGAGGGUCGGUGCCGUGCACAUGAAGGGCAAGAGCGUCAAGCCCGAGGAUGUCAUGAGAGUCUUGAGGUGUCAGGUUGCUAUUGAGAUGAGCAAGGUGUGGAUGUAG